CUCUCUGCAUCCAUAGAGUCACCUGUGUGAUGUAAUCAAUGCGCGUGUCACUCACAACAACACUGAAAGAACCACGCGCACCACCGCAGCCAGCGCGCGCCACACACACACACACACACACACACACACAAACACACACAAUAGACACAGAGAACAAUAGCCGCGCGCUGCUCUUUAUUCCCAAUAUCUGGUUCAUUUUAAUGCGGUGAUCUGCGGGUCUAGUUACCGCGGAGGGUUACAGCCGUGUGUCGAUUUUUUAAAACACUGCGCUUCAGUUUAAAAUGAGCCAUUUUAGGUGUUUUGAAGGCGAAGCACCCCGGGAAGAAGAGAGGAAUACCACGUUGUAACCAUACUGUCUAUGAUUGUAACGUGCAGAGAGAGGGACAGAGAGGUGGACGCACACACAGAGAGAGAGAGAGAGAGAGAGAGAGAGAGAAGAGAGAGAGAGAGAGAGAGAAAGGGGGGAGUGAAUGGGCACGACUCAGUCAGCAGCACUGCGCCCUUCACUUUAUCGAUAUCGAUCAGUUUGGAGACAUUUAGACCCACAGCGGGUCCGUUACAGACAGGCUAUCCCGGGAGCUAGCAAGAGCACCGGAGGCUACAGCGAUGGAACGCGUGUGAAGCAGCCCGGGAGCAACGGCAGCCUGGCGGACAGAGAAACAAGGAAGCGGACGGCUAGCUGCGCUACACCACCGAAGCUAACGUUGGCUAACAGUUGGCUAAUAUUAUUUCUAAUGAGCGACCAAGGAGUAUGCGACCUGAUACGAAGAGCUGACUUGUUCGGGGAUGUCGGGCAGUAAGGCGCUGGGCGGUGGGGCUGGCGGGGGGGCGCGGCGCAGGCGGACGCGGUGCCGGCGCUGCCAGGCCUGCAAGAGAACCGAGUGUGGAGAGUGUCACUUCUGCAAAGACAUGAAGAAGUUCGGAGGGCCCGGCCGCAUGAAGCAGUCCUGCCUGCUGAGACAGUGCACGGCGCCGGUGCUACCUCACACGGCGGUGUGUUUUGCGUGCGGCGAGGCGGGGAAGGAGGACACGGUGGACUCUGAGGAGGAGAAGUUCAGCCUCUCUCUGAUGGAGUGCACCAUCUGCAACGAGAUCAUCCACCCCAGCUGUCUCAAGAUGGGUAAAGCUGAAGGAAUCAUCAACGAUGAGAUCCCAAACUGCUGGGAGUGUCCCAAGUGCCACAAGGAGGGCAAAACCAGUAAGGACCAGGCGGACGGCUCGGGGAAGCGCCGGCUGGAUAACGGCGAGGUCGGCCGCUGGAAGCUCACAGACGACCCUCCCCCUAAAAAGAAAGCCCCUCCCUCCCUGGAGGAGGGGGGGAGGACGACAGAGGGGGGGCACAAGAGGAAGAAGGAGAAGGAGCUGCCGCAGGACAGCGGGCCCAAGAAGAAGAUGAAGGGUGCCCACGAAAAACGCCUCAAAAAGAAACCCAAACCGGAGGCGGAGUCCAAUGGUCCCACCUCGUCAGCUGGAGGUGGAGCAGCAGGACUGCAGGGCUCCUCCUCUUCCUCCUCUUCUUCUCAACCCAGCGGGGGUGCAGGGGGGGCUGUGGGGGGGACGUCGAGUGCGGACCAGCGCUCUCAUCACCGAGAGAAACUAGAGCGUUUCAAGAGGAUGUGUCUGCUGGAGCGCCGGCCCGAGUCGUCGUCGUCGUCUUCCUCCAGCUCGGAGUCUGACUCCGAGUCAGACUCCGACGACUCCCUGAGGGGGGAGCAGGCAGGGGGCGGCUCCUCGCCGUCGUCCUCCUCCCCCGCGCCGCCUCCUCCUGUCGCCUACGGCAACAGCAGCGGGGGGCGGGCCGAGCGGGAAAGGAGCCGCAGCGAGCGGGAGAGAGAGAGGGAGCGGGAGCGCCGUCUGGCCGAGCUUGGCUUCAGCGCCAGCGAGGAGUCGGAGGGGGAGGCGGGGGGGAGGGGGGAGGAGGAGGUGCGGGAGGAGGAGCAGGGAGGGGGGGAGAAGGCUCGGCGGAGAGAGGCGGGGCUACCGCCGCGAGGACGGAAAGCCCCGCCGGACGGAGAGGACGAAGACGCACCCGCCUCCGACAGGACCAGGAAGAACUCCGCCUCCCUCCCCCCACCCUCCCCGCUCUCCUCAAAUCAGAUGCCUCCGUCCUCACAGCACGACGGCGGCUUCCCGGGGAAGCAGCGCAGCAACGGACAGGAGGCGCGCAACGGGCGGACACGAGGAGGCGCGGGAGGGGGGAGGGAAGGCGGGGAGAAGGAGAACGCUAGCGGAGUUCUGAGCAAUCACAGACACAGCGGCGGGAACAAAGGCAGUGGUAGCCGCGGCAACAAGAUCCGCAGCAACAGUAAGGCGUCCAGGAACAGCGCCGCCCCGCCUUCCGCCUCCCUCCCCACCUCCAACGGGGGAGCAGGCGGCCUCACGAUGUCAGCAAUGGCGGCGUCGCCCUGCUCGCAGCCAUCCCGCCUCGCCCCGCGCUCUCAGAUGAUGAAGCGCAGCCCGCCGGCCGUGCCCUCGCCGCCCCGGCCCGUUCAGAUGGAGCGCCACCUGGUGCGGCCGCCGCCUGCCUGCCCCGAGCCCAGCUGCCUGCCGUUGGACUCUGGCUCCGCCCACAUCAUGACCCGCGACGUAUGGCUGCGAGUCUUCACGCACCUGAGCCAAAGAGAGCUGUGCGUCUGCAUGAGGGUGUGUCGCACCUGGAGCCGCUGGUGUUGUGACAAACGUCUGUGGACGCAGAUCGAUCUGAGCCGGCAGCGCUCCAUCACCCCCCCCAUGCUGAGUGGGAUCAUCCGCCGUCAGCCUGUCUCCCUCAACCUCGGCUACACCAACAUCUCCAAGAAACAACUGAUGUGGCUCAUCAACCGCUUACAAGGUCUGCUGGAGCUGAAUGUGUCUGGCUGUGCCUGGCCGGCGGUCUCGGCUCUGUGUCAGGCUGUCUGUCCCUGUCUGAAGCUGCUGGAUCUCAGCAGAGUGGAGGACCUCAAAGACUCUCACCUGAGGGACCUGCUGGCCCCCCCACCGGACACCCGGACAGCUCACGGUGAAACCAGAGUGGGGCGUUUCCAGAACAUGACUGAGCUGCGAUUGGCCGGUCUGGACCUGACAGACGCGUCGUCCCGCCUGCUGGUGCGUUACGUCCCUCACCUGAGUCGCUUAGACCUGAGCCAGUGUGGGAACAUCAGUGACCAGACGGUGCUCACCCUCUCCUCCCCUGUCUCCCCCCUGAGAGAGAGCCUCACACACAUCAACCUGGCAGGUUGUGCCAAGGUGACGGAGCAGUGUGUCUCGUUGCUGCGUCGCUGUUCCUUUCUUCAGACGGUGGACCUGCGCUGCUGCUCCCUGUUGUCCUCGGAGAUGGGACAGCUGCUGUCCUUCCCCCCCCACUCCUCCUCCUCGUCCUCCUCCACCUCCUCGUCCUCCUCUUCCUCGUCUGCUGCCGCCACGCUCGCUGCUGCUGCCUCCUCCUCUUCCUCCUCCUCCUGUCCUCCUGAAGACAGAACGCUGCUAAAGAACAGCUAAAACCCUCCUUAAUGUUUCUGGGACUUGUGAUUGGUCCAGGUGGCUCCAAGCCCCGCCCUCCGGCCUCCUUACACUACAGACAGAAGAGGAGGAAGAGGAGGAGGAGCCUGAACAUUUCUCCUCUCGUACAGAGCAGAUGAAGAGGAGGAAAAACAUUUUGGGAAAGUUGUGGGUAAUAGUGAAAAAAUAGAAACCCUGAGCAUGUACAUAUUUGUUCUCUGUACAAUUUUGGGUGUGUGUGUAUAUAUCUGUAGUUUACUGUAAAUGACCCCAAAACCCUUUCACUCCUUCUUCUUCUUCCCGUCCGUCCUACCACGCUACGACCAAUCAUCACGCCCCGCGUCCAUCUGCAGGAAACUCUGGCGCUGCAACUACCAAUAAUGUGUGGAUUAUGUUCUGGAUGAAUGGAUGACAGAACUCUGUCUCUAAAAUGUGGAUCAGUGUUUCCCAAAGCCCAACAGAGAAACACAGACAGACAGCCAGACAGACUCUCUAAAAUGUGGAUCAGUGUUUCCCAAAAAGCCCAAGAUAUCGUCUUCAAAGAUAUUGAGUGUACUGUCCCAGAGGAGAGAAGAAACUAGAACAUAUUCACAUUUAACAAGUUGACAUCACACAAGUUUACCUGUUUACUUCAGUCCCCACCCCCUUCCCAAAAAGAAAAAAAACUACAGGAAGUCAGAAACUUGUAGCUUUAUUUCUGGGCACUUUAAAAUAAAAACCAGUCUGACAUUUGUGUCUCGCUCGGCUAACGGUUUCCCUACGCUUCCAGUCUUCGUGCUAAGCUAGGCUAACAGUUUCCCUCCGCUUCCAGUCUUCGUGCUAAGCUAGGCUAACAGUUUCCCUCCGCUUCCAGUCUUCGUGCUAAGUCCGUUUCUAAAGACGGCCGCUGUGUCUCCACUUGCCGCUGCGUCUCCCGGAUAUACGGGCGCCAAAGACUAUUGAUCGGCCGUUUUCUUUAUUUUUGAUAGAAAAACUUACAAGACAAAAAGUUGGAGAAUUUAUAGAUUAAAAGUCGGAAUAUUUCAAGAUAAAAGUAUGAACAAAUUUAGAAAAAAGUUGGAAUGUUUUUGCCACGGUAUCAAAGUCCCGCCCACACACCGGCCCGACCAAUCAGGAGUCAAUCCCGACUGCCAAUCAUGAGGUUUCAGCCCGGUUUUUACAGCAUCAAAGAACUAAUAAAACCCAAACUGACAUCACAACCACCAAAUUUCGUUGGGACAUGUGAUUGGAUUAUUUACUUUGGGGGCGGGGCUUAUGAGCUAUACUGCCCCCCCAGCCACCAGGGGGCGGUCCAGAUGUUUUGGCUUCACUUACCCUCCUAACCCAGUUACCCAUAACACCCCUCCGUAGAUCCACAGAGACAGACGCUGAGUUUAUUCACACUGAACGUAAACCCAAACCACUGACAGUUCCAAAUAAAGUUUAUUCAAACGGGACAACCUUAAGAUAAACCUAAUACCCUGUAUGUAUCGUUUCAGGCACUUUUGCCUGAAACAAUUAAUCAUUGAUGAAAAUAUCUGCUGAUUAAUUUUCUGUCGCUGGAAUAAUCCGUCAGUUUGGACGUGAGCAGCCUUCAGAGCGUGAGCGUGUUUCCUGAAGAUAAAUAUAAAUAAUAAAGUUUAGCCAAGUUUAUAUAGAACAAAAAGUAUUGAAAGAGAGAAUCAUCAUACCAGAGUCCAGCCAGAAAAACACUGAUUCUGUAGAGACGAGGCUGCAGUCAGAGACAACUACAGAUCUGUGUGUGUGUGUGUGUGUGUGUGUGUGUGUGUGUGUGUGUGUGUGUGUGUGUGUGUGUGUGUGUGUGUGUGUGUGUGUGUGUGUCAGACCGACAGCGCUGGGUGUAUUUUGAAUCUGAGCCUCAGUGUCUUCAACAUUCGCCUCAUUCAUUCAUCUUCCCCUCUUUGUCUUUUAACAUCAUCUUCUUCUUCUCCCUCCUGUCAGUGUUCUUCACCUCUGAUCCGAGUAUUUUGGGAACUUAUUGAUUGUGUUUUCUCAGGAGUAUAAUUUAUUUUCAGUCCAAACACACAUUCCUCCUCCACAACUUUAGGUUUUGUGACUUGUUACUAUUUUUCUACGCAGCGGUUCAUUGUUAUGUGUUUUUCUUUUGUUUUCUACAUGAUGAACAUUUCUUCUGUGUUUGUUCACAUUGAUGAAUUUGAAUCUUAAAUCUGUGUUUUGUUACGGGAGCCCGUUUCUGCUACGUUUUGAAGAAGUUAGGAAUAGAUUAAAGGUCAUAAGUACUCUCGGCAUCAGGAUUAUUAACACGGAGUCUGUGGACGCAGAGUUUUCUGCAGAUUUUAGACAAAUUUAACAAAUGAAAAUCAAACCAAAACCAUUUACACGUUAACAGGUUUCAUUCUGGAUGUGGACACACACACAGACAGACACAGAGACACACACACAGACACACAAUCAUGAUUUGUGUCUUAUUGUCUUGGGUUGAUUUUCUAAUCUUGAUAAAUUGGUACUAUCCCAUAAUAUGGAUUUAUCUCAGGAUUUUGAAACACUAAGACAGUAAAUCAAAAUUAAGAUUGUGUUGUAAUCUUUAGCAUCAACAUCCUAAUUUAAGUCACUUUCUUACAGUCUCCAGAUCUUGACUUUCUACAUCAACGUCAACAGUUAAAUUUAAUAAUAUAAACGUCUCCUAACCUUCACUAACUGUUUCAUAAUCUGGAUUUAGUGUUUAAUAAUCCUGUUAAAUCUUUCAAUUUAUUACUUCAUAAUCUAGAGUAUUUUUUUUAGAUUUUUAUUCCUAAUUUCUUCAUCUGUUUUUGUUUUUUUCUUUGUUUUCUUUUGGGUCAAAUGGGCUCCCGUAGUUUUCCGAUGGGGCCUAAUUUAUAAAAAAAAGAAAAGUCAGUUGACCACAAACUGAAUUUUACGUUUAAAGCAAAAAAGUUAAAAAUCAAUGUGAGCUGCUGACGUUUGUGAUGGGGGAGAAGACUAAUAUCUCUCCACCUGGGACUGUUUUUAUCUCACUGGCUGCACUGAGGGAGGGGUGGGGGGGUAAUCAAACAGCCAAUCAGCACGGACUACAGCUACAGUAAAAUCAUUACAACAUAUGUUUUGUCAGGGUAAAGCUACACAGUGUUGUGUUAGCUACGCGGUGUCGUGUUAGCUUCGAGCGUUAGUCCCGGUAACUGCUGUGUUACCUCUGCUGCUUCUGAAGAACAAAGACGUGAAACUAAAUCUUCGAUUCUUUAAAUUAAGUCAAGAGAGCAAGCAAGAAAAACACCGUUGUGGCGGGCAAGCUAAAGUUGGCGAGCAAGCUAAAGUUGGCGAGCAAGCUAGCAAAGUUUAUUUAUAGAGCACCUUUUUACAGACACAAAGUUACUCCCAGUCAAAGACAUAACAUGUUAUAGUCUAGUAAAUAAAGCACAGAUAAAAAGACAAGUCUAAAACUAAAUCCCUGUCUGAACAGCAAGAUAAUUAAGAUUUAGUUUGAAUGGUUCUAAUCUUAAUGUCAGAGCUGUGGAAACUUUGGUAACAACUCUAUUUAUACAGCUUUAUUCUUCACAGAACAAAAAGUAACGAAAAUGUUUCAAUCCAAACCAUCUUUUUCCUCAACAAGUUGUUUUGGUGUCAGAACUUAACUUUAUUUUAUACUUUGGCAUAUAAACACACAGGCAAAAACAUAAUUUAAUUACUUUUCUAAUUUGAGUUUUUGGGCUAUUUUACUUUCUUUAAGACUAUCUGGAAAAGAAAUGUGUUUAUAUUACUGCACUGUUUAUUUGUGUCUGUAGUAACAUUAAAUAACGUCUCACCUGCGUAUUACAACAUAACAUUAAGAAAACUUGUAAAACGAAGCUAAACGUAAUGGUCAGGCGACCGGCCGGCGUAAUCUCGUAGAAUACGAACCUGUUGGGCACAAACGCAGAUUAAUAGUAUUACUGUUUAAUCAGUCACUUAAUCAACAGAUUAAACACGUGUUUUGAUAAUCGAGGGAACGUUUUUACAGCAUUUAUCAGCUAAAGUACACCAGAAGUUCAGUGAUCAGCUGGGAUAAAUAAACAGAAUAUUUGUAAGUAAACUGUGAAACCUGGGAACAUUUAGACCAGCGGUGUCAAACUCUACACACACACACACACACACACACACACUUCACUACGGGUUUGACAAAUGAGUCACAUCAAGAGACAGACGUGUAGAGUUUCUUGACAUGCUUUUAUUUUGAAAAGUCAAACAACUUUUACUGUAUUAUUGUUAAAGCUAAGCUAAUAUAGCUUUCUCACUUAGAGUUUUGGUCCACAUGAAGCCCUGAAAAGAGUCCGCAACAAAAGUAACUUAGACAUUAAAUUAAAAAGCAACUAAAACAUUUUAUGAAAUGCCAGAAAAAGCGACAAAAACAUCAGAAAGAGUGCCAAGAGCGUUGGCAAAAGUGACAAAACAUUGAAGAACUAGGCGGGCCUUGAGUUUGACACGUGAUUUAGACGUCUUUAGUUUAAGGCCGUGCAGCAGAGGUAACAUGGUGUUAGACGCCCGCCGUAGUCCUGGAAACUAAAAGUAUUCGUUACAUUUACAAUUGCCAUAAACGCGUCCUUGUGCCAUAAACACGCCAGAUCAAUGUUUUGCUGUUCAAAGGUCAGUUUUUAUAUUUUAUCUUUUUGUAUUCGGUUUAAGAUGUAGUUGUUUUUUUUCUACUGUAUGCGUGGGGAUCAAUAAUGCAUAUCACAGCUUCAAACUUUACCUUGCAACAAGUGACGGGAUCAAAUCUGAUUGGGCGAAAACCCCUGACUCGUGAAAGCUCUUAUCCAAUCAGACGCCCAGACAUAUCUGUGUUCUCUAUCUAAGUCAAAUCUGUUUUAAAGAUGCACUGGAUCAUCGCCAUCGUCACCUUCAUCCCCGCCUUUUUGCCAAAUGUAGUUUUUGUUGUGAAAAUGGGCAUUUUUAUCCUGUUUUUUUGUUUGUUUUUAUACUUUUGCCAUGACUCUUCAGUUGUGUUGAUGGAAAAAAAAAUGAGGAAGAAGUUGGAAAGAAAAAGUAAAAGAGAGAAAAAGACCAACUCAAGGCAGCUACGUACGAGUGACUACUGUAAAAUGACUAACUAAUAAAGAAGCAAUGGUUCCUUUUUACAUCCCA